AUGAAAAAUAGAAUGAAUAUAGAAAACGAUAGUAAUACGAAGAAACAAAAAUAUGGAACUGGAAUUAACUUUAAGGUACAACAAAAACUUAAAGUGUCUGGUAAAGAAUAUGUGUCUCGUAAAGGAAAAAGUGUUCCAGCAAGAAAGCAACCGGGACUUGAGAUGGUGUGCAAAUGUUAUAAUGAUGGUUGCAAAAAAAUUAAAGGUGAAGAAAAGAAAAAACUUUUCAAUAAUUUCUACUCGUCGGAUCUAAACGCACAAGGAUCAUUUUGUAUGUCUCAUAUUCAUUUAGGAGAGGUUAAAAGAAGACGUAAUGGUAAAUAUACUGACCCAAGGGAGAGCAGAAGGCAAAGUACGAUAUAUUAUACUUUGCCGGAUGGAUCAGGAAGUACUGUGAAAGUUUGUAAAAAACCUUCAUGA